ACUUGAUAUCACCAAGCCUUUGACACCCACUGCUGUAAAUGAUGAGGUUGUUGUUGCUGUUGAAGAGUCAAACAUGGCAAAUGGCUCUAUUCUAAGUGACCUCCUCAAGUUUCCACUGUACGAGGUGAGGGACAGAGUCCUGGAAUACAUGGAGGUUAUACUAGCAGAGGGGUCCAUUAAGGACAUACCUGAUGAUAUCAAAGAAGAACUUGCUGCUAUGAUUCUGGGCCGGGAACAGUACCACAAGUGCCUGAUAAAGGUCCUGAACAUUCUUGCUCUUUGUGCUGAUAUUGAAAGAACAAAAUGGCAGAAGUGUGGUUCACUAUUAGGACCACAGCAGGUGUUAGAGUACCUGAUAUGUAUGGCCAAUGACCAUUCUAUUGACGAUGUACGCUGUGCUGCUCACAUGUUGUCGGGAAGAUUUAUUAGCCAGGUCUACAAUGAAAU